AUGAACUCAAGGAAGGCCUGCAAAAGACCAGCCGCGGAAAUUGAAUAUGAUCAACUGCGGAAAAGGCGAAGAAGAACAGCGUUUACUAAUGAACAACUCAAUCGAAUGGAGGAAGCAUUCCAAGAAGAACGAUUCCCGGGUAUUCACUUACGAGAGAAGCUGGCGCGAGAACUGAACAUACGAGAAGACAGGAUUCAGGUCUGGUUCCAGAAUCGCCGCUCAAGAUGGCGAAGGCACGAGAUCAAAAACAAGCCUGCCCCAUCGCUCCCUGAUUCCACAAUCCGAUCAGUCAGUAACCCGUUUGUGUCACCAGCCACGUUCCAGCCCUCGCCCGUCAGUUUCCCGCCUUGGAGCCCAUUCUUCUCUCCGUUUUUAGGAAACGCUUCUAUGUUUCUGCCAAACGGGCCCGCUACCGAAGAUAUGCUUCCCAGGAUUACCAGUUUCCCGGGCGAGGCAAACUCAACAGUCUUUCACAUGGACACCAGGGGACAGUGUUCCUCUCCACAAACGGUCAGUGUGAUGUUAGGUCCUCGUGUAUCAGCUUCAGUGAGCUCAUCAUUCAGUCCCAAUUCCUUACCCACUGGCAACCUCAAGGCUCGGCACCAAGCUUCUUGUGGCUCGGACAGUGGAGAGGAUCGUCACUCAUUAGAUGAUUACCUUGCUGCUAUUACUUUGGUCAGCGGUUUUCCGCGGCAAAAUUAG